AUGAAGUUCGGGACCCUCUUUGUCGCCAACCUCGCUAGCCUGGCGUUCGUGUCGCAGGCGGCCGCGCGCGAGAAGUGCGGCUCGAGCGACCCGGAGCCCGAGGCACUCGAGGCCGCCGCGAGGCUCCGAGACGCCCAGCGGGCCGAGGGCGCGCUGCAGAGGCGCGACGGCGAGGGCCUGCUCAUCACGACGUACGUGCACGUCGUCGAGGACACGAAGAACGCCGGGUUUGUCACGGAUGGGAUGAUCACCGAUCAGAUGAGGGUCCUAAACGAGACAUACGCACCCCACGGGGUCCAGUUCACCGUGGCAGAGGUGUCGCACAGCGUCAACGACUCCUGGACGACGCAGGCGCGCAUCCGCGACAAGGCCCUGGCGCUGCGGCGGGGCGGUUACGACGACCUCAACCUGUACCUGGACACGGGCCUCAUGACCAACGCCGGGUCCGCGACGGGGCUGUGCAGCUUCCCCGUCGAGGACCCGGCGGGGACGGGGGUCAACGGGACCUCGUGGCUCGUGUGGGACGGGUGCUUCGUCAGCCCCGGGGCGAUGCCCGGCGGGCCCGGGGUCCCGUGGGACGCGGGCGACAACAAGGGGAAGACGGCGACGCACGAGGUGGGACACUGGCUGGGGCUGUUUCACGUCUUCGAUGGGUUUGACUGUGCCGGCGAGGGGGACCUCAUCGACGACACGCCCGCCACCAGCGUCGCUACCGUUGGGUGUCCUGUGAGGCAGGACUCGUGCCCUGACCAGCCUGGGCUGGAUCCUGUUCAUAACUAUAUGGACUAUGCUAGCCGUGAUUGUAUCACCGAGUUCACGCCUCUGCAGGAGGAGCGCAUGUACCGGUCCUUCAACACCCUGAGGCGGGGCAAGUAG